AAAAUUUUAAUAAAUCAAUGUCUGACAAACUGGGGCAAACAUUGGACGAACUGAUUCAAAAAGAUAGAGAAAAUAAGAAAUUUCCCAAAGGGCCUAAUAAGAACCAAUCUCGAGGAAAGCAGAUGAGAAGGAAACUAUCUGGAGGUCAGAAGGCUCCCUCAGCUUGGGAUAAAGCUAAGAAAUUACGUAAAGAAAAGGUCCAAAGAUUUGGAGAUGACCGCAGGCCUAUCCGCAACACCAAGAAGUUAAUCAAAGCAGAGGAUGAAGAGGUUAAGCAGGUUAAGCAGAGCACCAAGCUGAAGGUUCUCAACCUGAAUAGAUCUAUUACAAAUGAGGAUCUAAAUGAAUUAUUCAACCAUAUUGGUCCUCUUACUGAGUGUAGAAGAGAAUAUGAUGAGUUCGGAAGACCUCUUGGGUCAGCCAGUGUCGCUUUUGAACACGCCAAAGAUGCUAAGAAAGCCUUUGACGAGUACAAUGGUGGCGAGCUUGAUGGGAAUGUUAUGGUCAUCCAAUUCGUGGCAGAUAACAAAUCAAAAAGACAGUACCAACCAAGUAAGCUCAAAGUUGUAGAGAGGGAUGGAAAAAGAGUCAUCGAGAAGGUAUAGACCAGGGUUGGAUAUCUAAGUUAUAGCAGGCUAAAAUCUGUAAUCAGGAUUAGUUUU